AUUUCAAACAGGAUGGCGGAUAUUUUAACUAAACGUAGAAAGCCUAAACUUGUUCAUGAUGGAUAUUUAUUUGUUUUUCAUAAAAUGAACAAAGACGAAGACAUCAAGUUUUGGAGAUGUGAGGCCUUCAACAAAAAAGAUGUCAGAUAAUCCUCAUAUUUGGUCGUAUGUCAUUUGGGGAGUGGUCAGAACAAAUGGAACAUGUUUUUGUUGAUGGGAGCUUUAGCGUUACUCCUCCUUUAUUUUAUCAAAUUUUUUGUGUGCUUGCAAGAAAACGUAAGUGGGUGUUCCCUGUGCUCUAUGGGUUGCUGACGAAUAAAACAAAAUCGACAUAUGCUCGCUUUUUUCGACUCGUCAAAGAAAUUUGGCCGCAGUUCAACCCACGUGUUUUCUCAACAGACUACGAAGCAGCAAUUAUUGGAGCUAUUCAGGAGGUUUUUCCUCGUUCAGAUCUGGCUGGUUGUCUGUUCCACCUGGUUAGGAAUCUUAAAAAAAGCGGAUUAUGCCAUGUGUCAACAGGGAAUGGAACCUCCACCUAA